AUGAAUCAUCUGCUAAUUAUUGGUUUAAUCUUCUAUAAUCAAUGUUUUACAACCGUCUAUUCAAUAUUAACCAUACCAGUUGGAAUAAUGCUUGGAAAUAAAUUUGGUAAUGAAUUCAAACGUAUUAAUCCGAUUGCUCGACAAUUCGUUUUAAAUAAGCUUGAACGUCGUUAUCAAUACAACAUAACAGAACUGAAUAGUGAUGAAUACAAUGAUACUGUUGGCAUGUGGACAUCAUUAUGUAAUAAGUUAUUUAAUGGUACAAUGGCCGUAAUAUGCUAUUCUAAUUACGAUGAAUUCAAUUGGUUAUCAGGAUUUUCUGAUACGUAUCAUGUACCGUUUAUUAUUCUUGGACGAUACUUACCGUCAUUGCAUUAUUCUUCGCUAGUAGAACAUAACAUUACAUCUAAACAUUAUUUUGUAUCAUUAAUGCCCGAUUUAAUACCAGCAUUAAUUGCAUUUAUUCGUCGGUAUAAUUUAAAAGAAAUUUAUUAUAUUUUUGAUGGUAUCGAAAGUUGUCAACGUCUUAAAGAAUUGAUGUAUAUUCAGACACAAAAACAAUCGUCUGUUUUAAAUCAAUUGCAUAUUAAUAGUCGUUACUUACCGAAUGCAAAUGAUUCCUAUGAUUUACUACACAGUAUAGAAUUAAGUAAUACGCAAUCACGAAUAGCAUUAGGAAGAUAUGUUGUAUUAGAUUUUAAUGAUUUUUCAACCUAUCGUACAAUGAUGGAUAAAAUAAAACAUCGUGGAAUGACAACAAAUGAUUACCAUUAUAUUCUAUUAACAUUAAAAGCUAAACUAUUAGAUAUGACAUAUUUUAGAUAUGGUGGUGUCAAUGUAACAUUUUUUGCAUUACCCGAUUCAUUCAAUAUGGAUAAUAAAAAUGAUCUACAACAUUGUGCAAUAGAUAAUUGUACGUUAAAUCAAACGGCUGAUUUAUAUUUGAAAAAUUUAAAACAAGCAAAUAUUAUUGAUAAUGCACAAACCUAUUUACCAUUAGAAGCAUUGCUAAUGGCUGAUUCAUGGGAAACAUUUUUACGUGCAAUCAAUACAAUGUUAAAUUUAAAUGAAACACGUGAUAGUCUAAGAGUAUUUCGACAAGGACGAUUUUACAAUGGUUUAACACCAGGAAUUGAUUGUAAUCAAUUACAACCAUGGUUAGCCGGUGAAAUUUAUCUUGAACGUUUAUUAAAUACGACAUUUCAAGGUUUAUCAGGCAACGUCCAAUUUAAUCAAAAUGGAGAAAGAGAAAAUUAUACUCUAGAUGUUUAUAGAGUGACAAGAAAUGAUUUACCAAAGAAAAUUGGACUAUUUAAAGCACCGUCAACGUUAGAAGUGACUGAUGAUACAACAUAUCGUGUUCGUAUGGCAUUUGAUAAUCGAACGCGAUUAGUAACCACCAUUUUUGAUGAACCAUUUUUAAUGUUGAAAAAGAAUCGUAAUGAUACAUUGACCGAGAAAAGUAUUCCGGUUGGUACAAUUUUGGAUGCAUCGAUGGUUGAAGGUUAUUGUGUGGAUUUAGCUUAUGUUAUUUGUCACGAUAAAUUAAAAAUUCCAUAUAAAUUCAGAAUUGAAACACAAUAUGGUAACGAAGUCACAAAAGGAAAAUGGGAUGGGAUGGUUGGUGCACUAGUGAAUAGAUAUGCUGAUCUGGCGAUUGCUCCGCUAACAAUAAAUGGCGCACGAGAAAAGGCCGUUGAUUUCUCCAAACCAUUUAUCGAUCUAGGCAUAUCGAUUAUGAUAGGAAAACCGGAAAAACAAAAACCUGGUGUGUUCUCAUUUAUGGCACCAUUAUCAAAAGAAAUAUGGAUAUGCGUUAUUCUAUCUUAUGUUUUUGUUAGCGGUAUCUUAUUUUUUGUUAGUCGUUUUUCAUCUUAUGAAUGGUAUUUUGAAAAUGAAAAUGACAUUGUACCUCAAAAUAAAUUUACUAUUCAUAAUUCAUUAUUUUUUUCUUUUGCGGCAUUUAUGCAUCAAGGUGUCGACUUAUUACCAAGAUCUAUAUCCGGUCGUGUUGUUACAUCGGCAUGGUGGUAUUUUAGUCUAAUUUUAGUGUCAUCUUAUACCGCUAAUUUAGCGGCAUUUCUUACCGUUGAAAAACUCGUGACACCAAUAGAAAAUGUUGAAGAUUUAGCAAACCAUAAAGAAAUUCGUUAUGGCGUGGUAAAAGGCGGUUCAACAAUGGCAUUUUUUAAUAAAUCCACGUUGACAACGUUUAAGAAAAUGUGGAAUUUUAUGCAACAAAAUAAAGAUGAUGUUUUUGUAUCGUCAAAUCGUGAAGGAAUUGAAAAAGUGCAAAAAUCGAAAGGCAAAUUUGCAUUUCUACUAGAAUCAACAGUAAAUGAAUACAUCAAUGAACGUUACCCAUGUGAUACAAUGCGAAUAGGUGAUAAUAUUGAUUCGAAAGGUUACGGUAUUGCAACGCCACUCGGUUCCGAUUUGCGCGAAGCAAUCAAUAUUGCUGUAUUAGACUUAACAGAAGCUGGUUAUCUGGAACGUUUAAAACAAAAAUGGUAUUAUGAUCGUUCAGAAUGUACAAAUGUUGGUGCGAAAGAGCAGAGUCUCGAAUUGAAUUUGGUGAAUGUUGCUGGAAUAUUUUAUAUUCUAAUUAUUGGUCUUGGUUUAGCAAUGGUUAUAGCAUUUCUUGAAUUUUUAAUUAAAGCCAAAUUAGAUUCAAAGCGUUUAAAUUUGAAUAUACGUGAUGUAAUGAGACGAAAUUUACGAAUAUCAAUAACAGGAAUUGAUUUUGAUGAAAAAAAAAUUGUCAAUUAUUGGCCAUUAUCACAACAACAACAACAAAGUUCAAAUUCAACACCCAGAAGAAGUUUAGAACAACGAAACAGAACAUCAACAAUUCUAAGUGUACCACAGGAACCAUCACCAACGGCAACAUUAAAAGAAACGAUAGAUGCGAACACCAGUGAUACGGAUCAUAUCUCACACGUUUAA